GCAGCUGAGAAGCAGAGGUGGGCCGCUCGGUUGGAGGCAGUGGCCGGUCGAGCCGGAGACCACGCGGAGCUUAACAAGCACGAGGCGGGCGACGAGACGCUCACUGGCCCAGAGAGAGAGAGGAUCAAGAACCUUGUUCUCAGUUCGGGGGCUCCAAAGACGAUGGCGGUUCACAUCAGAAGGUGGGAGAAGCUGGAGAGGUGGUGUUCAGCCAACUCAGUGGUGCUCUACCCGCUCACGAUCGAUGCCGUGGUCAAGUACGCUCUGUUCCUCGACUCCAAAGAGUGCGGGCCGACCGUAAUCCCGUCUCUGCGAUCGGCUCUGAAGUGGGUCGGUUCACGACUGGCAAUAAAGCUUCCCGAUCUUCAAGACAAACGCCUUCUGGCUCUCGAGACGGAUGUCUUCCAGAAGCGUGCCAAGAUGAUCAAAGAAGCGGUCGCCAUGCCCUUUGAGGUCGUGCAGGCAAUGGAAAAGUUUGUCUGCUCCGGGAAAGAGCCGGCAGCCGCUCGGAUCUUCACCUGGUGGUUGCUCUGCAUGGUCUUCGCUUCGCUCAGGUUCGACGACGCCAUCCACGUCAAGCCGCUUGAGCUCGAGAUGAGGCCGAACGCCUCAGCAGAUCGGGCUCCAAGCCAACUGGAAGGAUCCAGGUCCUAUGGUCCUCAAGUAUACCCGCAAUCGUAUACCCGCAAUCGCUCCACGAUACCUGCGGUGAUGAUGCAGCAGCUCGUUGCGGACUUGAAGGACGCGUUCGCGCCCAAGUGUGUCUCCAAGGACGACCUUGUGGAUGAAGUGGACGACGAUCUUCUGCCCAUCGCAGAGUUCUUUCUUAAAAUACCUGACGGCUCGGCGUCUAGCUACGAGUACAAGUGCCACUGCUCGUCCAAGACAGACUAUCAGAUCGUGGCAUGCG